GUGCCUGGGGAAGGCUGACCUUUACCACCGGACAGUAUUGUCUCCUGUGACAUGUUUUCCAGUCAAACCAAAGUCCACCGCAGUUUGCAGCUACUUGGAGGUCUGGCUCCUGGUGUGGUUACAUUUAUACAGCUUCAUAAUUGAGUGAACAACAGUUGUGUGCUGGCCCCAGGAUACUAAUUAGACCUGCUGCCUGACUCUCAGAACAUAAGGCCCAGCACCUGCAGAAACCUGCCCAUGUCCUCCGGGCGUGGGGACAACAUGUCUUCACCCGAGGACGCCACAGCAGAGUCUGGAAAAGAUCAGAAGGGAGAGGACUCUGAUGUGAAAAACCUGGAUCCGUCUUUGCUUUCAUCAGAUCAGGAAGACUUGCCUUCAUCAAGUCAGGACAUGACACCUAGAUCAGUGAGCUCUGAGGUUUUGGAAAGUGAAGUUAACUCAGAGAAGGCCAAAGUCUUUCCUCAGGAGUUCCCAAAAAAUGAUGAUUUUGAGGAUCAUUUUAAAGAGGAUACAGGAAGUGACAGGGACCCCAGCUUGUGGACGACCAGUGGCUCCUUCCUAAAAGACAGGUCCAGCGGUGAGGAGGAGCUUGCAGGGCCUUCCCAGGCUGGCUCCCCUGCGUCUCAGGGUAUGGAAAUUGUUUCCGAAAUGGAGCUAGCUCAGUUGGCUAUGGUUAGACCAUUAACAUUCAGUAGUCAUGAGAAUUCAACCAUGAAGUAUUAUUAUGAAAUGCUUGAGAGAAAAUUAUCAGAAUUUGAAAUCAUCGAGGAAUUUAUGGCUUUGAGAUCUAAGAAUCUGCCUGCUGUGUUCAACUCUGGGAAUGAACUACACAACAGACACAAAAACAGAUAUCAAGAUAUUCUUCCAUAUGAUUCAACACGUGUUCUCCUUGGGGAAGACAAGGACUACAUCAACGCUAGUUACGUUAAAAUCGUCAAUGCUGGGGAAGAGUAUUACUAUAUCGCCACCCAGGGGCCACUGCCAGGUACCACAGACGACUUCUGGCAGAUGGUUGUGGAAAACAACUCUAAUGUUAUUGCCAUGAUAACCAGAGAGGUAGAAGAUGGAGUUAUCAAAUGCCACCAUUACUGGCCCAUUUCGAUGAAGAAGUCUUUGGACUUGAAAAGCUGUCGUGUCUUCCUGGAGAGCUACCAGAUACUUCAGAGUUUCGUUGUUCGAAUAUUUCAAGUUGUCAGGAAGUCCUUCAACAUCAUGAAUAUAGUGGGCCAAAUGAGGGAACAACGCUGUGGAAUGAUCCAAACAAAGGAGCAGUAUAUCUUUUGUUAUAAAAUUGUGCAUGAAGUUCUCCAUAAGCUUCUGACUUUAAAGUAAGAAAGACUUCUGUUGCCUCACACUUGAAGUUAGCAAGUGGCUUGGAGCCUCCUCACAGAGAAUAUGUUCAUGCUGUGCUGAAGGGCUUGCUCCUGCAAAUGUGCUUUCUUGGUGUAUCAUUUGACUUUCUUCCUGGCAACUCCCUGAAGGCAGCAUCACUGGAUUUGGUGUGUUUACCCACUGACCUUCCUUAAUAUCAGGUAAUAUCAGGUACCCGCCCACAUUUUCCAAUGAAAUGAAAGUUACAUGAAACAACUGCAGCCUAUUUGGCUGAAGGGGUUACAGAGCUCAGUAGAGGACUUAAACUGUGUUAUUGAAGAUUUUAUUUGGAAAGACAGCUAACGGGAGCUGAAGAUUUUCAGGAUCACAAGAUCACAGGAUCACAUUGUGACCUCUUAACAGGCAUUUUCAAGAUAGACACUUAUCCAUUAUCCGUGGUUUUGAGCUAGAGGCUGUACUUUUAGGUGGCAUUUGAUUAACUUAGGUUACUGAAGAGUCCAAAUAGGAUGGGUUAGCCUUCUACACAAAGUGGACUCCAUUUUCCUGCACUUCACACUCCUGUGGGGCCCCAGGAACCUCAGAGGACGAGCUGCCUUUCUCGAGCAGCUGGGCAGAGACCUCUUGGUCUGGGAAGUAACUUCAUGGGUGGGCAGAGCUCCUCCUCUCCAUCACAUGAGCACUCUGGUGAAAGGUCCAAAACUGAAAUGGAUGUUGACAUAGAAAGUCCAAGAGGAAAUUU